CUAUUCAAACUCAACUGGAGUCUCUGAGCAGCGAGUAGAGAGAAAUUUCAGCGGUCUGGCUCUGCCUUCGUGUAUCAGAUGAAAUCCCAAAGGCAGAAUUCUGAGCUGGAUUCCUGUAUUAAAAACGAUAUUCAUUUAAAGCAGUAAAGACAGAGAGAAGACAAUUGACAACAAUUUGAUUUCUGAAAUGGAAAUUGAUUUGACCUUUAACAAUAUCUCACACAGACUGAAGUUAAAAAAUAAACUGUGAUCCUGUUUUCUCAAAGAUUCAGGAUAUUUGUAUCACGGACUUGGCAGCAUUUAUUUCCCAUCCCUAAUUGCCCUCAAAAAGCUGAUGGUUUACCUGAUGCCACUUCAUCUGAGUUCAACUUUAGUUUGAUGAAGACACUAAUUAGAUCAAGAGAUGAGUGACUUUGGUGGAUCUCACAAGCGAGCAGUUUGUUGCAGGACCUCUAUCUUCACAAUGAACCAGUUGCAGAUCCUAGCCAUUAUUCUGUAUUUUGCCAAGCAAUCCUCAUUCUCUGCCACUGACCCCAAUGUGACCUGGCAUAGACAUGGGAUCCCAAUGUUCUUUCCUCAUGAAACAUUAAAGUUGGACAAACCCCGAUUCUCUGCAAAGGCCAUGCCGGAUUUGACAACUCACUGCAAUGAGGAAUGCCUGUGGAAGGAGGCUCACCCUACCUUGGAGGAUUUAAAGGAAAAUCUCUCUUAUGAAACGGUUUACACCAAUGGCACACGAACGCUGACUAUAGUUGACUUUCCUGACUUGGACCCAAAUACCCUUCUUGUGAAGCAGUAUGCCCCUAGGAGGUUACGGCGUAAGCGGCAGAUUUUUGGAGUGGAUGGAAGAUUUGAUAUUUCUGGAAAUCAAUUCUUGCUUCAUUUCCCCUUUUCUACAACGGUAAAAAUCUCCACAGGGUGCACAGGGGUCCUGGUGUCAGAUAGACAUGUGUUAACAGCAGCACAUUGCAUCCAUGAUGGGAAAGAUUAUGUCAAAGGGGCAAAAAAAUUAAAGGUUGGGUUUUUGCAAGAGAAUCCCAAAGCCCAAAAGUUGGCAAAAAGUUCCAAAGUUCCAAAAUUAUUGACCAGGUGGUCACGUGUCAAACGCACACAGGUACCAAAGGGUUGGAUACGAUCUCAGAAUGACCUCAGUAUGGACUAUGACUAUGCAUUACUGGAACUGAAGAGGCCUCAUGACAGGCCACACAUGGAGAUCACAGUGUUGCCAACUACAGACCAAGUGGCAGGCAACAGAAUCCAUUUUUCAGGAUUUGACAGUGACAGACCUGGAAAGCUGGUGUAUCGAUUUUGCCGAAUAAUCAACGAGACACCUCACCUCAUCUACCAGCACUGUGAUGCCCAGCCAGGCUCCAGUGGCUCUGGGGUCUAUGCUAAAUUGUGGCUGCCAGAGAAACAGCACUGGGAAAGGAAGAUCAUCGGUAUAUUUUCUGGACAUCAGUGGGUGGACCUCCAUGGGAUGCAGCAAGAUUACAAUGUGGCAGUUCGGAUUACACCACUGAAAUAUGCACAGAUCUGUUACUGGAUCAAAGGCAUUUAUAGCGAUUGUCAUUCCCAUUAAAGUCUAGAGACAAGGUACAUAAGAUUGACCCUACCCAUUUUAGACAUCGAUACCAAUUGUUUUUAACUCCAACACGCUGAUUCAAAAAUAUUGAGGCCCUGAACAAGAGUGCAUACAGUUGGAGCCUUUCUAAAAGAAAUUUUCAUUGUGAUCAAGGCCACUGACAAGUAGUACAGGAACUUGAGCACAUCAAGACUUGGUACAUCCAUGAUAAUUUUGCCACGUUUGUACAGUUUCAAGUUAACUAGGGUGCAGAAUUGGGGCAAGGAAGAAGUUCACAGCUUGAAUACUCACAUUCUCUUAACAGAAACUAUUCAUUCAACGUUGACACUACAAAUGAACGUGAACUAAAUGGAUUCCAUUUCUGGAGUCAACCAAAAACAAAUUGCCUAGUCAAAAAAAGAUUGGUGAUUACCCUAUUCAGUAGCAGACUGAGAAAUGCAAUAAACAAACAGUUCUCUUGUAGUUUUAAAAUGUAAAUUUCAGUAAGAUCAGAAAAGGAAAAUUUGGCACAAUAUACGAAAAAGUAUUUAAAGUAACAUAUUUAAAAUCCCUAUCACUCAUGUGAUAAUGCCAUCAAGUCCUUUUUAAGAACAAUUUAUUAACCUUCAGUGAUUAAGUCAUGCUAUUCUCCCUUUCUAUUCUAUUUUAAAUGAAGCUUUUAUCUUCCAGCUACUACCCUGUGUCAGAAUAACUAGAACUAGGGCAAGUUGAUUUCAAUGUACCAAUUUAGAAAUUGCCACCAUUCAACAUUGUGGAACCUUUCUUGGUAGUAUUUAAGGAAAGGUUAGAGAUACCCAAAUAAAAGCAAAAUAUUGCAGAUGCUAGAAAUCUGAAACAAACACAAUGAUGAAGAAACUCAGCAGGUCUGAAUGGAGUUCUAAAAAAAGUCAUAAUAGACUCAACAUUAACUCUGUUGCUGUCUUCACAAAUGCUGCUAGGCCUUGAGUUUCUCCAACAUUGUUUGCUUGUUAGAGAUACCCAAACCCACCAUAUUUUCUGGGAGAAGUCCUCAAGAGUUGGUGGCCUGCACAUCAAUGAUCAUGAUUGGCACACCUCAUCAGUUGCUUAUUUUGAGCAACCUCAAAUGUAGAAAAGUAAGAGGGAGCAAGGGUACAUUUGUUGGUGCUGGAGCUGAAAACAAAAGCUAGUGAUAAAAUAAAGACAAAGGUCAUACCAACCAAUGCUUUUCUUGAUUAGUCAAACCAAUUCUUGUCAUUCCUGUUCAGAGUUCUCACAUCUUUGUGACAGCCCAUUUGGUGAUAAGGUGGCAGGUCUGACCCAGUACUCAAACGCUGCUUACAUUGUAGCCCACCGCACCAACACUACCAAAUGGUCGUUUUUACGAUCAUUGAUUUAGCAUCAACAAAAAAAGUAUUAGUUCAACAGUUGAAUUUCAACUUAUUUUGUUUGCGUUGUACUAAUGAAUUUUGAACAGAUUACAUAACUAUUGCAUUGCCCAAAGACUGGGAUGGGGAGCUAGAUCUUAUCCAAAAACAUUUGGGCUUUUGCUACCCAGGACACUUUCCACUGAUGAAGCCAGACUAAUCAGAAAUCCAGCCCCACCCCAACCCAACCCAUCAACAUACACAUCUCGUUUUGAGCUACUUUGUCUGUCACUACUUGAUUUACAUAGCAAACACAAAACAGUUUAACAAGUUCAAAGAAAUUUAGAAGUGGAGCUACAUUAAACACCCAAACAAAAUAUGAAGAUUUUUAAAAAUAAAUAGACACCUAACUUGUGCUUGAAAUAUAUUGUGGUACAUAGUGAUGGCUUCUGAGUUGACUUUGUUAUUGUGUAAUUAUUGUAUGGCUUCAGAUUCCUCUGUGACUAAGUGUCUCCUAGUUACUGCUGUCAAGAAGUUUAAAAGACAAAGACAAUAAUGCUGCAAAGGUAUUGCAAGUUGCAUGACAAAAAUUAAGUUAAAGAUCAGACUAGCUCUGAUCCAUAAAUUGGCUUUCCUUCAGCUUCUUGUUAUGAAUGUCAUUUUCUUACAAUUCUGUAGAAAUAAAUAUUUUUUGAAGCUCA